AUGAUUUCAAAAGGCUGGAGAAAGGUGUUGAGGUUGGCUGCCUUGAACUGUGGCAAUGAAAAGAAUAUGGCCUUGUGUAAUAAGCACGAGGCGCGGCGAUUUCCGUCACUUAAGUAUUUUCAUUUUUACACCAACGAGGCUGAAGUUUUAAGUUCUGCGCACGUGUUACAGAAAGACACGGACAAAAUUACGCGUAUGGCGCUUGAGGGCCUUGUUAAUGAUUCAUUCACAAAGCAGCUACCAUACCUAUCACAGUUUACGCCAAUUUCUAACGAUGAGUCGAUUUCCAAUUUGAUGACCAAAGAUUUGCUUUGUUUGGUGGUGAUAUAUCAAGAGAGCAACGAGUUGCUUGCCGAACACAUUUUGCUCGACUUCCUUGCUUUUCCGAGACUGAAAAUUGUGAUUGUUCGGCCGGAUCACGAUUCAUACAAAACACUGUUUCAACACGAACCCCCGGCGAUGGCAAUCUACCGCCUGAACCGUCCUGCUUCACCCAUCUACAAAUCGAAUCACAAAAUGAUGCACGACGGCGUAGCUGAAAUCAUCCAGCAAAAGUGCCUCAUCGGUCAAACCGUGAUCAAAAAACCUGCACCGGUUGGAUUGAAUGCUGCGCUUGUUACUCGGACGUUGAAGUACGUAACCUCUAAAAUGCGUAAUUGCUACCGUACCUUAAGAAAACAGCAAACGCAAAUUGUUUCGGAGGUACACCUACUUCUUUGAUG